UUACUCGACUCCUCGCGCGUCGUUCCUCCGUCGCCGCCGCCGCCGCCGCCGCCAUCUCCAGCUCACCCGAGGACUCGCCGUCGCCGCCUCCUUCCGCCCUUCGCGCCGGCUCGAGCUCCUCCUGCUCGUCACCAUGGGCAAGGCCUCCAAGGACAAGAGGGACAUCUACUACCGCAAGGCGAAGGAGGAGGGGUGGAGAGCUCGUAGCGCCUUCAAGCUCCUGCAGAUCGACCAGGAGUUCAGCAUCUUCCACGGGGUGAAGCGUGUUGUUGAUCUUUGCGCUGCUCCCGGAAGCUGGAGCCAGGUUUUGAGCCGCAACCUGUAUGUACCAGCAAAGCAAUCUCCUGAUUGCAAAGAAGGCGACCUUCCUCUUAUUGUUGCCAUCGAUUUGCAACCAAUGGCUCCGAUAGAAGGUGUUAUACAAGUCCAAGGGGACAUCACUAAUGCUCGAACAGCAGAAGUGGUUAUUAGGCAUUUUGAUGGAUGCAAAGCGGAUUUGGUCGUCUGUGAUGGAGCUCCUGAUGUCACUGGUCUUCAUGAUAUGGACGAGUUUGUUCAGUCCCAGCUUAUACUGGCGGCAUUGACAAUUGUGACUCAUGUACUCAAAGUUGGUGGGAAAUUUGUUGCGAAGAUUUUUCGGGGUAAAGAUACAAGUCUGUUGUAUUGCCAGUUGAAACUAUUCUUCUCACAAGUUACCUUUGCAAAGCCCAAAAGUAGCCGGAACUCAAGUAUCGAGUCAUUUGCAGUCUGUGAAAAUUAUUCACCUCCCGAAGGUUUUAAGGAGAAAGAUUUAUAUUACCUGCUAGAGAAAGUGGGGACUCCUUCAGGGGCUGAUGAUUUAGACUGCAGAAGCGGAUGGUUAGAGGGACCAAACAAGGUUUACAUCCCUUUUUUGGCUUGCGGUGACCUCAGUGGUUAUGAUUCAGAUCGUUCAUAUCCACUUCCAAGCACGGAAGACGGAUCCUACCAGAGCUUGGAUCCAGUCCAACCUCCCAUUGCCCCACCUUAUAAAACUGCACUGGAGAUGAAAAAGGUCGCCAGCCAUGGUGCUGGAGCAGAUAUAAGCAAAUUAUCCCUUGACUCAUGAACUACACUCUGUAUGCCUUUUUGUGUUCAUGUAACUGCCAACAUUGUGGAAUUUGCAAAUUGUAUGGCAUUGUUGUUCCACAUAGUAGAACAUUGUGGAAUUUGCAAAUUGUAUGGCAUUAUUGUUCCACAUAGUAGUUUACACAAGAGAUGCAUUGAAACUUCAGUGCCAUGUGGUUCAAUAUCAACCAAAAUGCACUGCCUACUAUUUUCUUUUGGGAAAAAACCCGAUUUUUUUUCUAGAUGAAAACUGGAUGACGGAUGCCAGAUCCAGAUGAUUGUACUUUCAUCAAUGCAUGGAUGAUUAGAAUACCAAUAUUAUGGAUGCAGAUCAUGUCUGAAAUUUGUUUAC